AUGGCAGACCCUUUCGCAACUUGGAAAGUCAAUUCGAAAGACGAAGGUCGCAGAUAUAAUACUCUUCAGGUCCAUGCUGGCCAGCAGCCUGACUCGGCAACCAAAUCCAGGGCCGUUCCAAUAUAUGCAACUGCACCUACUGUUGAGGUAUUUGAGAGGAGGGCUGCAGCAUUAGAGGGCGGCUCCGCAGCCGUUGCUACCGCCUCUGGCCAAUCUGCAGUGUUUCAAACUAUCCUGAACCUGGCGGGAUCUGGAGACAACAUCAUCUCGUCGGUCAAUCUAUAUGGUGGGAGUUAUAGCAUGUUCAAAACCCUUCUACCACGAUUAGGGAUUGAGGUGAGAUGGGCAACAAGUGAGAAACCCGAGGAAAUCACAGGACUCAUUGAUGAGAAAACUAAAAUGGUCUUCGUUGAAACAAUUGGGAAUCCUCGGUGUAGUGUACCGGAUCUCCGAAGAAUUUCAGACAUCGCACAUUUACAAGGUGUUCCGCUUGUAGUAGACAACACCUUCGGGGCCUGCGGGGCCUUUUGUCAGGUCAUUGACCAUGGAGCAGACAUUGUGGUCCACUCAGCUACCAAAUGGAUGGGAGGUCAUGGAACGACAGUUGGAGGUGUCAUAAUAGACUCCGGAAGGUUCAAUUGGGGGCAAAGUGCAACUCUGUUUCCUCACCUGGCCGAAAAGUCUGGACCUCUGAACUUUGCCUAUUACGAGGCGUUCGGCAACUGCGCUUUCGCGGUGGCUCUUCGGAUCAACGUGGUCAUGGAAGUGGGCUCGGUUCUCGGUCCUUUUGCCGCUCAACAGCUUCUUCUUGGUCUAGAAACUCUCAGCUUGAGAUGCGAGAGAAUCGGUUCAAAUACACUGAAAAUUGCGCGCUUCUUGGAGUCAGAUCCCCGAAUUGGCUGGGUAAACUAUCCAGGACUUGAGAGAAAUGAAUAUCACGAACUUGCAAAGAAAUACUUGACUGGCGGGUUUGGCGGUGUUCUCUCCUUCGGCGUGAAAGGUGGUACCCGCGCGACUGAGAUUCUGAUUGACCAUGUUGAUGACUCGAAAACGAUGAUGACUCACCCUUGGGGUUCUACACAUGUUAUUAUGUCCGAGAAAGACAGGGUUGGAGCAGGAAUCACGGAGGAUCUUCUUCGUCUAUCAGUAGGGACCGAAGAUGUAGAGGAUCUCAUCCACGACUUCGAUCAAGCACUCGCUAGCCCAGAUCUUCCCCUGGAAAACGUGAUCAACGAGCAUUCUCAAGUGGCUAUACCAGUUUCGAACGAAGGCAUGUCCGUCCAAGGUACAGCUUUGAUUGACAAUCGAUCUACUUUGGAAGAAAAGCUCAAGUUGAAAGUGUAA